CUCAUUCUGAGGGAAGCUUGCGGGAAGACAGGAGCCGUGUUGAAGCAGGGAGUGUUAAAAACUGCAUGAAAGCGAGUUUAAGUGGAAAUAGCAGAAGUUAAAGAGGAGAAACUCUCAGUGACAUUUCUUUCAGUCUCCUGCUGCUUGUAUUUGUGGUGUUCAGUUUGGCCCUGCUGGGUCUCAUCAGCGUCGCCACCUGGAAGCUGUGCUGGGUGCCCUGGCGCAGCAAAGCACUUUCCUCCAGUGCCACCGCCCUUGCCCCCACCCAACCAGAGAGAGGCCAACACAGAGAAGGUCACGGUGACUACUGCCCACCCUUCAUAGACAUCAUGGCAGCAGGCAAGUUGAAGGACCCUGGGAACUUUCUGGAGGCGGCAGUGAAGAUCAGUCAUACGUCGCCAGAUAUCCCCGCAGACGUGCAACUGUCCAUGAAGGAUCAUCUGCUGAGGCGUACACGCAUCUCACGACAGACAACAGAACCGACCUCCUCUAACAGGCACAGUUCCUUCAAGAAGCACCUCCCCAGACAGAUGCACCAUGUGACCAGCCUGGACCGUGGAAGUGAGUUUUUGGAUGUAGAGGACCAUCCCACAUGCACCGCGGCCUCUCUUGGGCGCAUCCAACCGGAACUCUACAAACAGAGCACAGUGGAGGCAGAAGAGUCAUCCAAAAACGACUCUGGUAAAACAUGUGGCAAGAUCAACUUCUCCCUCAAGUACGAUUAUGAGGGAGAGUUCCUCCUUGUCACCAUCGUCAAGGCUUUCGACCUACCUGCUAAGGAUCUGUGCGGCAGCUCGGAUCCCUACGUCAAGAUCUACCUGCUGCCCGACCGUAAGCGGAAAUUCCAGACACGGGUCCACCGCAAGACGCUCAACCCCACGUUUGACGAAACCUUCCAGUUCCCCGUCCCAUACGAGGAGCUGGGCUCCAGAAAGCUCCACUUGAGCGUGUUUGACUUUGACCGCUUCUCACGACACGACAUGAUCGGGGAGGUGAUUCUGGAAAAUCUUUUUGAAGUUUCAGACCUCUCCCGGGAGACUUCGGUCUGGAAAGACAUUCAAUACGCUACCACCGAAAGUGUGGAUUUGGGAGAGAUAAUGUUCUCUCUUUGCUACUUGCCAACUGCAGGGAGACUCACACUUACUGUCAUCAAAUGUAGAAAUCUCAAAGCCAUGGAUAUUACUGGUUAUUCAGAUCCAUACGUGAAGGUGUCACUAAUUUGCGAUGAAAGACGCUUGAAAAAAAAGAAGACGUCCAUAAAAAAGAAUACAUUGAACCCGGCAUAUAACGAGGCGAUCAUCUUCGACAUCCCUCCGGAGAAUAUGGACCAAGUCAGCUUGCACAUAUCAGUUAUGGAUUAUGAUCUAGUCGGACACAAUGAGAUCAUUGGAGUCUGUCGUGUAGGAAUCCAUGCUGAGGGACUGGGCAGAGACCACUGGAAUGAGAUGCUAGCUUACCCUCGAAAACCCAUCGCUCACUGGCAUUCACUUGUAGAGCCCAAGAAGUCAGAAAAGGAGUGGAAAACUCGCACAGCAAGCUUUGACAGUCAGGGUUCUUGUCCCUCUCCCAGACUUCCCUCCAGUCCAUAAGGGAGGGAAAGACUCUCUCUGCGUCUUAACACGAGCCAAGGAUCUCCCAGGAAGCAACGGUGAGAUUCAGAUAUGUCCUAAGACAGUGUGAUACAACAUGUGUGGACAUAUAUCAUGGAGGAAAGAUGAUGCAGACUUCAUGCGUAUAGUGAAACUGAGCCUAGCCAAGUUAUUGUAUAGCUUUUCGGUGUUCGGAUUGAAGUGUUGCUGUAUUGCUCUGGGUAAAUCUACAACCCACAGAGAGUUUGAUUAUUACACUUCAAGAUGAAUUUAAGUAUAACAGGAAAAUUUUGGAUGUUUUUGUUAUUGAAUAAUUGGUAAAUGUACAGUAUGAUAUAUUUUCCUUGACAUUAUAGUAAUAUGAAGAUAUAGUUUAUUAUAUACUGUAUUUAGCCAUAACUUAUGAUUCUUUUUGUCUCUUUGAAAAUAAAAUACAUGAGAUUUAUAAGACCUUAACUUAUUAUUAGAUUAUUGUUUACAGAGAUAUUCCAUUGAUCUUCCUUUUAUUUUGGUGAAAUAUAGUGAAAUUGUUCUGCUACCAAAAAAGAUAAAUGCCAAGAGUAUCUUGUCUACAUAAAACUCAUUAUUAGUGUAUAAAUCGCUUUAUUUUGGUUUGCUGAGAUUUAAAGGCAUAGUUCACCUAAAAAUUAAAAUUCUGUCAUAAUUUUGUCAUCCUCGUGUUGUUUUAAACCUGUAUACAUUUAUUUUUUUUGAUGAGCACAAAAUAAGAUAUUUUGAUAGACGAUGGUAAACACAGAGCUGAUUGUAACCAUUGACUUCCAUAGUAUGAAAAACAAAUACAAUGGAAUUCAAGGGGUACUGUCAACUGUGUGCUAACCAUCAUUUAUUAAAGGGGUCAUAUUAUGAGAUAUUUUAAAGAUUUAAAAUAAAUUUUUGCUGUCCCCAGAGUGUGUAUGUAAUGUUUUAGCUCAAAAUAGCAUAUAAAAAAAUUAUUAUAGCAUGUUAAAAUCGCAAAUUUGUAGGCCUGAGCAAAAGUGUGCCGUUUUUGGGUGUGUCCUUUAAAUUGCAAAUGAGCGGAUGAAAUGCAAACACUGAUCACAAUGAUGGUGGUUUGUUGUAAUUGAAACUCAAUUGUGCUGUCAAGUCCAUCUUUUCUCCUUCUUUCUCUCUGCACUUAAUGGCAGUGCUGUGGUUGGAUAGUGCAGAUUAAGGGGGCGGUAUUAUUGUAAUUCACCUUGCUAC